AUGACAAACGAAGCUGAAACCGCCACUGUCACCCACGUCCCUUCCAAGGUAGUACCUGAGAAACCAGCAGCAACGGGUGAACAACAACAGGAAGAAGAGUACAAGGAUCGGUUCUUGGACGGCAACCAACGCAUCAUUGCGUACGAUCUCCUGGAGGCGCGUGGCAAGUCAUCAGAGACCACUGAUCCAGAUGUCAAACGCUAUCGACAAGCCAAGGAGAAAUUCCGCAAGGGUUACGACUUGUGCAUGACCAUUCCACGCUCAUUGGAAGACGACGUGCUCAACCAGCACGAAGAGGAUAUCAAGACUGCUUCUGAAACGCUCGUUGAGGCGUGGCUACUUGAUGACAAGGCCGCACCCAUGUCUGAACGCGUGCUUAUUUUGGGCCAGCAAUAUGAGAAGGUGUUACUCAAGGAUGUCCCAGAGGAACAACGCGAAGGUUUCUUUGUCAAAAACAGCUUAUUGUUUUCUGCAUGGAUCCUUUUGGUGGGAAGGCAAUAUCAACACUGCUUGACAACUCUUACUCUUGCCAUCAAUUCAUAUGAUGACCUUCCAGGACGUGUAUACUUUUUACGUGCAUCUUGCUAUUUUUCAUUGGGAAAGCUAAGACUUGGAUUGAAGGACUUGGAACGCUGUUUACAGAAGGAUUCCAAAUACACGGUCGCUUACAGCGUGCAAGGAUCGAUCUACAUGAAUCUCAAGGAGCGUGACAAUGCUAUCAAGGCCUUCAGGUUAUAUUUGGAACGAGGUCAUCCUGAUACGGCAGACUUUAUCAAUUCGUUAUAUUCGCUUUCCAUCCUUUUGCAUGAGAAGAACAAAAAGGCAGAGGCUCGCAAGUAUUACAACAAGGCAAAGGAUGCAGAGGAACGUUUCAAGAAGCUUUAUGGCACCAAGACGGGUAUGAGUGACAACAAACGACGCGCGAUCCAGUUGCAUGAGUCACCCGAAGAUGCGCGCAAUAUGAUUUUCCAAUCCAUGCCUUCCAAACAGUACAAUAACAAGAUCGAGCAGUUGAUCCAAGCUGGUAUUCUCAACUCUCCAUACCCACCUAGCGCGGACAAUUGCUCCAAUUGCGGUGCCAAACACUUGAAGGAUCAACCUGGUAAACCCCUUCUCUGCUGUGGCGGCUGCAAGAGCAUUUGGUAUUGCUGUCGUGAUUGUCAAGUUAAGGAUUACAAGGCUGGCCAUAAGGUUGCAUGCAAGAAGGCUGCCAAGCAAUAA